AUCUGGAAACACUUAAACAUUCCCUAGAGCUCUCAAAAUGAGAGCCAGGGUACCUUCAUCUGUCAUUUCGACGAUCGAGUCGUUCAAUAAGCCCGACUUCCGACCUGUUGCAACUUUCAAAGGCUUACUGGACCCACCUCCAACUCGCGGUCGCGGAAAGACAACUCAUAAGACAAGGCCCAACAAACAACUCUCGAAACGCACAGCCGCCAAUCCAGCGUCUGUUCCAUACCUGCUGCGUAGCUCGGGUUUAUCCCCUGCCCAAACCAUUCACAACUACUUCCUCUCCCAUCCGCUCCCUUCACCACCUUCGACAUCCGACGUUAUCCAGCGCCAAAAACUGUAUUCCAAAUUCAUCUCAAGUUUGUUAUCUAGUAACAGCGAUACCGCACUAUCCAUUAUACCUGAUAUACUACGCUGGUCUUUCGAAGAAAGGGUACCUAUCACAAGCAUUACCCUCACACAGAUCUUACACCGUUCUCUCCAGUCACCGGAUUUGUCCGUCCGCCUCUCGACUGUCCGCAAUAUCCUUCCUCUCCUCCCCGAUCGGCUUGAUAUACCAUUGCUUGAUACGCUCCUACGUGCUUUUAUCCGUGACAGUUCGCCGGCGGCUCAUCAUGUGCACUCGAUCAUCACCGACUGCUUGGCGCUGGAGAAUGUGGAUAAGGACAAAGGGAUGGGGAAGGGUGGGUGGCCUUGGGAGUUGUGGGAUGUCGGAAUGGCGGCGUACGUCCCAAAAGGAGAUUUCAAAGGUGCCAUGGAGAUGUUGGAAGAGAUCAAAGUGGUCGUUCAAGCCUGCUUAGCCAGCCCAUCCUCGUCGGCCACUCCUCCCACUCUAUCCGCUCGUCAGAAGGAAUGUCUCUUGAGGGUAUACACCACAACCCUCAAUACCUGGCGUAUUAGUACCUCUACCCACUCUCAUUCUCAAGGCCAUAUGAAACUGAAAUCGACAGUUCCAAGAAAGCUUGCGGAGCAAUUGAUAUCGUUUAUUGGCGAGCCAGAGGGACAAGCGGGCAUGAUGUUCUUGAAUGCGUGGUUAAGAGCGGAGAGGGACGCAGAAAAUUGGGAAGUUGUCGAAGGAAUUGUGGAGAUGAUGAUGGACUCAUCGCAAGAAUUGGAUUGUCAAACGUGGACGACAAUAUUUAACCUUUACACUACGCCCGCUCUUCUGCCGCCUUUACGCGUUGCUGUCCAUCAUCUACUACAUCAAUCUCCUUCUGAUAUCUGGCUGCCACGAUCCGGCCCAAAUACCAAUUCAAAAGGUGAAAACUCAUUUCCCAACCCCAACAGAUCAUUACAUUUCUCUCUCUUAACUACCGAUGUCAUCACUUCCAUCGUCCGAGCGGUAUUCUACCCCGCCGGUAUGUCUAUCGAAGAAGCAAGUGCGAGGGAUGAGCUGGACUUACCCCUUGCGGUACUCAUACUUCGACUAACCUCGUCUACACCGGAGCGCAAACUCAUUGACCUUCUGUCAUCAUGUAUCUUCCACACUGCUCAGACGCUUUCUCCGUUGCUCCCCACGCUCCCUCCUUUAUCAUUGUCAUUAUCAACGCCCUCAUCAUCGUCAUUGUCCUCUCAUUCCAUCAUCUCUGCCCUUUCCCGCCCGUCUUCCUCAAGCUUGAAAUUUAAAGGAAAAGGGAAAGCUAGAUGGGUGAGGUUAGGGAUGAAUAAGGAUGAGUGGGAUUUGGUGACAGGGGUUGUACACCGCUUAAGAAUGGUAGGAAAAGCGGACCAGGUUGGAGGCAAAGUUGGGGAGGACGAGAGGAUCGAAGUGGUGCAUUUACCGCUUUCCAUGCCCAUCGCUCGACUGGCUACCGAUUCCUCCCCCCCUUCACCUUCCCGACCCACUAUAUCAUCCAAAAACGAGGAAGCAAAAUCCCCAAGUUCCUCUGACGACUUAACCACCACCUCGCUUACCCGCCACCCACCCUCGCCCACUGACUCUGACUCUAUUUCCGCUCUUCCAGAGAGACGUCAGCCGAUAACUGCUCUCAUCCUUCCCCAACUUAUCAAGCUGCUUGAGACACUUGCCGUGGUUAUGCAUCAGUGUCGCGCUGUUUCCCGGGACUCCAAAGGAAAGGAUGGACAGAGAUUCAAGGAUGAUAAAGAUGUCUUGAAGGAAGUGAUGCAGGAGGUAAAUGGAGAGGUCAUGUACCCUUCGAGGAGGGAGAGGAGGAUUAUGAAGCGUGAGCGACUGCCUCGUUGAGCAGGUUCGUCAUUUUGGAGCUGGGAUAAGGCUCAAGCCGAGAGGGCAGUUUUCGCAGUGUAAAUGGGAGAGCGGGAGAGGGGAAUGAUUGUCGACUCAGCGAAGGAAAGGGGCCAUAAUAGCUUGAAGAUGCCCAUUUGGCUC